UCCAGUGGGAGCUUGUUCACUUGUGGCCGCAAAAUGUUUGGCAGUAGUGCGUUCGGCGGUGGUGGUUUUGGCAGUGGCGCGGUUGCUCCUAAGAAUCCCAAUACGAACAAUAGUCAUGAGGUCGCCCAGUCCCCUGGUGAUACUGUCAGCGAACUCGCAUGGUCCCCUGCGGCUAACAUUCUGGCCGCUGCAUCGUGGGAUAAGCAAGUGAGGAUAUGGGAAGUCACGACACAGGCCAGCACAAGUGCCUUUGGAGGCUCCUCGGGUUCCAAUAGCAUUCAAGCGACACCGAAACUGGCGUAUGGUCACGAGGCGCCGGUGAUGUCGUGUUGUUUCACGAAGGAUGGGGCGAAUGUGAUAUCAGCUGGAUGUGAUAAUAAGGUGAAGAUGUAUAACCUUCAAGCACAGCGAGAUCAACAGAUCGGACAACACGAUGCACCGGUAAAGAAGGUUGUAUGGGUAGAGGAGAUGAAGAUGUGCAUCUCUGGGUCGUGGGACAAAUCGUUGAGGUUCUGGUCACCUGGUCAGCCCAACCCAGUGGCGACCUUGCAGCUUCCUGAACGUCUAUAUGCCAUGGAUUGCAAUUUCCCACUGCUGGUGUGUGCUACGGCAGAUCGGCAUGUGAUAGUGUACAACCUACAGACGUUGACGCAGAAUCCUAACCCUUAUAAAAGCAUUCAGAGCGCGUUAAAGAUGCAAACGCGGUGUGUGGCAUGCUUCCCAGAAAAGAGCGGAUACGCAAUUGCGAGUAUUGAAGGUCGUUGCUCGAUCGCCUAUGUUGAGGAAAAUAUGAAGGACAAGUCGUUCACGUUCAAGUGCCACAGAACGAACGAUGAAAUAUACCCUGUGAAUGCUGUGGAUUUCCAUCCGACUUUCAGCACAUUUGUAACCGCUGGUGGCGAUGGUACGUUCAUGGUUUGGGACAAGGAACAGAAGCAGCGACUGAAGGCUUUCCAGAACUGUCACUAUCCUAUUACUGCAGCAAAGUUCAGCACUCAGGGGGAUAUGCUGGCUUAUGCUGUUGGUAACGACUGGAGUAAGGGGUAUGAGUUUGCUAAGAAUUAUCCAGUGACUAAGAUUCUCAUUCAUAAGGUCCAUGAGGCUGAAGUGAAGCCAAAGCACACACUGGGUCGUAGACGAUAG